UUCCUAUAAAGGAUCACUAGUAAUUUGUACACAAAUCCUCAAAAACCGUUGCUAUUUUCGUUUAGUUUUCUAGUUUUGAUCUAAAAAGUCCCUAAAAAUGUGUACAUUUCUGAUAAAUGGUUAGCUAACAGUGCUUAUACAUUCGCGCAUUGAAAAUGGACAUCGAUGCCCUGCAUUCGGAUUUGCGCAAACGGCUCGACGUGCUCGGCUUCAAUCAUCCGCUUCCGUUGGGUGCAAUCGGAAUCGUGUCUGCCAUACUGGACGACCUGAUCAAAACGUCCGAAAAACUGAAGGCCUCGAAGCAGCAAAUCAGCCAACUGCAACAGGAAAAAGCUGCCUGGGACCUGGGCGUAGAACCGUACAAGUGUGACAAUUCCCGACUGCUGGCCGAGUGUAACGAGCUGCAUCUGGAGCUGGUUAAGCAGCGGGACAAAUUUGUCCUGGCCAACACCGAGCUCAAGUGUCGGGUGCGUAAUUUACAAACGGACAAGAAACAGCUGGAGGAACGAUGCCUGCAGGCGGAAGCUAAAAUACGCCAGCUUCAGUGCGGCGACAGCAAGUCCAAAAAGGAUGGUGCCAAUAUGCAACGAAAACCAUUUGUUUCUACCGUGAGACCGGGCCAGUAUCAACCGUCGACCUGUUGUGGCGUCGAGAAACGUGAAAGUAAAUGUUGCUGCCCGUGCAAUCAGGCUCGCAAGACGGAAAUAUUGCACGAAAUAGAGCGCCUGCAGGUCGAGACCAAGAACCAGGAGGAAGUCAUCGAGGCGUACAAAAAACAAAUUGAUUACCGUGACCGUGAAAUUCAACGGUUGGGAGCAUUGUUUUCCGGUGGUCGGCCGGCUGCUGCCCUCGCUAAGGACUGUUGCUAUCGUAAUGUGAACACAUUGGCAGAAGAUGUCAAAUGCCUCCAGGAAGAGAAAGCCUCAAUGCAAAACAAAUUGACCGAAGCUUUGGAGAGCCAACAAAGUGCUAGUAAAAAGAUUCAAAAACUAUCCGAGCGCAAUAAACAGUUAGAACAAGAACUUAAGGAAAUAGAGAAUGUCGCUCUGAGUGUGGAAUCCGAAGCUAAUUUGAACAUUUUGGAUAAGGAUAGAGAAAAUUCCGAUCUACAGAUUAGGUUACAGCGUUCCAACAUGAAAGUCAAAGAGUUGGAAACAUUGUUGACCGCGAGAACAUCAGGAUCCACUCCUGUAAGCUCAUCCGCGUCGGCAUGCUCGAUAGACUCAACUUUACAAAACGCGCUAAAGCAAGCAAAUGAGGAAAAGCGUGCUCUUUACAAACAACUAAAUGAAUUGAAGCAACGUGAGCAAACUUUUCUAACAGAUUAUGAAAAAAUCAAAUCGAAAUAUUCAAAGUUAAAGUUAAAGUUGUCAAACCAAAUUGCAUUCAGUACCACCGACUGUAAUCGAGACAAUGCCGAAAUCGAUGAACUGAACCAAAAAUGUUCAGCUUUGGAAAUGUCCUUGAAACAAGCGGAAUCCAAACGCGAUCAACUUACGAACGACAUUAAAAAGCUGCGAGACAAUUUCACAAAACUGAAGGGUGAGGGCAUCGACAAAGAUCUUCGGAUAGCUCAGUUGGAAAGCGAACUAUGUCUGCAAAAGAAGUCGACAACUAGCAGCAUUGUAGUUCCGCCUCGUUUGCGUACAGCCGAAUCUGCUAUUUCCGGUCAAACAUCACUGUCAGUUCAAUCUGCGUUUCAUCGUGUCGAACGUGAAAGAGAUGCUGCUAAGAGUGAAGUGCAACAGCUAAAAAUUGAAAGGGAUGCCCUACGAAAUAAAUUAAAAUUGGCAACCAAAAGUCAGAUGGACGCACAAUCUAAACACGAGGAAACGAUCAUCAGCUACAGCACACAGAUAGCAAAAUUAGAAGCCGAAAAACGAGAUCUAAUGUGUGGUCAAAGCUCAUCCCAGACUACAUUGCAUUUACUAAAAGAAGAAAACCGCGAGUUACAAGAGCGCUUGAAGGAAGUGGAAAGCAAUUUUAGUAAACUGAAAGUCAGCCAUUCACAAUUGAAAAUUUUGCAAGAACAAACCGAAAGGACUAUGUUGCAACACCAGAAUAGACUGUUCUGUUCGGAGAAUCAACUGGGUAAUGCUGAAGCUAAGCUGAAUCAGGUUGAUGGAACCAUUGAAAGCGCUCAGAAAGACAUUGGUAAACUGAGAGGCGACAUAAGCGUUUUAAAAGCGUCGAACGCUUCAUUACAACGCGAGAAGGACAAACUACUGAUGGAUCUCGACAAGAAGACAGAGAAACUUUAUACGGUCGAAGCAGAGUUGAACACUCUGAAAACAAAGAAAGCUGAAAUGAGGGACACAAUCGAUCGGCUUGAAAGGAAACUUGAGAACGCCAGUGUGGAUAACUUCCAGAAAGACAGCAACCUGCGCAGCGUGGCUACGGAAACCGAUACACUGAGAAAACAGGUGGCGACACUGAAGCGUUCGCACGAUAACGCUGUUACAGAGAACGGACGUCUCUCGAAUGAUCUGAGUGACACCGCUUCAGAGCUGACGCUGACGAAACGUAAACUAGCCGAGUGCCAGAAGGAAGUGGAGCGCAUGAAGUCCCAACUACGCGAAUAUGUUCAGGAGAUUCAGCGUGCCGAAGAGCUGCUGUGUAUCAAGGAACGUGAACGGGAAGAGAUGCUUGAGCACUAUAAAUCUCUUUCCGAAGGAGUGAAUAUGCUCGAAGUAAGCAACCAUACGUUGGAGGCUGAGAGUGCCGAAGCCAAAAAGCUUCUUCAGGAAGCGGAAGGACGCAUCAACGGAUUGCAAGAGCGAGUUGGACUUCGCGAAGCUGAAAUUAAGACCUAUGAGGAGCAGAUUAAUGGACUGUCGAGCAAUAUUGUUAAGUUGGAAACUGAGAUCGAAUGCCUUAAGGAGGAAAAUCACAAUCUCCAGGAAGAUUUGGAUGCAACAAAGAAUCUUUGUAAUAAAUUGGAUUUGCAGAAGGAUAAGUUGAAUGCCGAGUUGGAAGAACAUUCUAGCAUCCGCGAACAGCUGAAUAAAGAAAAUGCAACUUUGAAGCGACAACUCUCUUUGGCUCAGACUGGAGAUAAAGCUGCAGUUGAUGGUUUGCAGGAGCUACUUGCUGCUAGUCGCGCAGAAGUCGAGCAACAGAGGAUCGUUACGAAUCAAUUGAACCAAGAGGUGAAGACAUUGAAGGCACAGAUUGAAGAGUUGAAUCUAAAAUUGGAUGAAGAGCAACGUAACGCUGCGCGAAACGAAGCUCUGGCUAAUGAGUAUAGUGUUCAGUUACAGGAACUGAGACGCAUGAUUACAGAUGAUCGAUUUGCACAAGUCCAAUCCAGAGAAGAGGAGGAUUACAAUAGACAAAAAAUCGCUUAGCAAUUCGUGGAGAAGCUGGAUCAAAUGGUUCAAAUAUUGACGUUGAGGAAACAGUGAAAAUAGUUGACUCGAAGAGCAUCAGUCGUUUAUCAAGCAUUCCGUCAGAUUUGAAAAUACCAUUGACAAAAGAAUCAGUUAGGGAUCAGAGCAUGCAAAUAGAUAACAACAAAGGUGACGUUGAAGUACCACCCGGAUGGAAGGUAUCGCGUUAUCGCGGUUACAGUUCACCAAAGCUUUCAAGCUCUUCAGCAAAGAAGUCAGUCUCUGAUAAGAAGUCAUAUGAGAAGAAAACUAAUUUUGACUUGGAAGCUGAACCUAGUUUCCAUGAGAGUAUGGACCACUAUGCAAAUGACUUCAGAAAACUUGAAAGUCAGCCGUCACAAGCAUCAACUCCAAUUAAACCACGAAAUUUAGGCGUCGAGUCGGAAAUACCCACUAAUGCAUCUAUUCGAGAGGUAAAUUCGGGGGUUUCUGUAGUUGGGACAGUAGUUCCAGAGAUAGCUAUUAUCGAGCAAAGAAGUGAGCAUAACGAUCAAUCUAUGAAAUCAUUCAAAGAUAAUAUUUUGGAUUUGCCCAAUUUGACACCAUUACAAAAUGAAAAACCAGAAGAUCAAAUGUCACAAUACGAACUAUUCAAGAAGAGUUUUUCAAACAAGCGGAAUCAAAUGGCUUCCAAACCAAACAUAUCGUUCGGUAAGGAUCUUUCACUUGCAAGUGUGGCAUCUAUUUCCGAUUUGAAUUUAAGCAAUGAAUGCACAAAAGACGCCAAGCCCACUCCUAAAGAUUCAAAUGCACAUAAUACUACUAAGAAUACAGAAAAACCAGAGCAAUCAAGCCCACCCAAUAGGAGAAUAGAUGAGAAGGGUUCAACGGUCGUCAUUUAUAAAACAAUGGAAGGCGAACGGUUGAUUCUGGCGGAUGACCAACGUAUAAAUGAGUCUGAUUACGAAACUGCACGUGACACCUCUGGCAGUGUAAUGGUAAUUGACGAUUUGCGCCGAUUUAAAACGCCAAUUAGGACACCUACCGUGCCAAGUGGGAAAGCUUCGUCCGGUCCGCCUUCUAAAGCCAGUGGAAAUGGAAAGCUUCGUUCGCUGUCAGGAAGCCGCACCAGUAACGAUGGAAGCACUAGACUCAAUAGCAGUACGAAGAGGUGUGAGCAGCGAAAGUGGAGAGAAAUCUUACAGAAUCACCAAAGCCCAAAUUGUAAGCAGCAGAACAGCAAGCCGCCUUCACCUCGAACAGGAGCGACGACUAACGACCGGAUAACGACGAUAAAUUAUGAAGUACUUGACAUACGCAGAAGACGAAGCACCGGUGGCGUGAAAAUAAAUGAUGCGGAUCACCGUCACAGGAACCGCCCUUCCCUUCCGGAAGCGCCAACAACAUCAACUGGAAACCAAGUGAACCCAUCGAUUGAAUGUAACUAUGAACAGAAAACUCGCAAACUCAAUUUUAAAAUCAAAGUGCCGGGUAAUCUCCAAGCCAAAGCACCGAUGAAUAAGGUUGUCAAUAAAUAAUUGUAGGCGUUCAAUAUUCCGUCCAUAUUUUGUAUUUGUUAAUAUAAUAAUGUGUUACAGAA